AUGCCAGUUGAUCUGUACUACGUGCCUGGCUCCGCGCCGUGCCGGGCGGUGCUGCUCACCGCGCGUGCUCUCAACCUCAACCUCAACUUGAAGCUCGUGGACUUGCAUCAUGGGGAACAUCUCAAACCUGAAUAUCUUAAGAUAAACCCCCAACACACAGUCCCGACCCUCGUAGACGAUGGCUACCCGAUCUACGAAUCCCGUGCUAUCAUCACGUACCUGGUGAACAAGUACGGUAAAGGAAGCGCGCUAUACCCUGAAGAGCCCAAAGCUCGCGCGCUCGUCGACCAGCGCCUGUACUUUGACAUCGGCACUCUGUAUCAGAGAUUUGGCGAUUACUUUUACCCACAAAUCUUCGGAGGUGCUCCUGCAGAUAAGGACAAGCUGGCCAAAGUUGAGGAUGCUCUCAAGCUCUUGGAUACGUUCCUCGAGGGCCAGAAGUACGUGGCGGGCCCCAACCUCACUGUGGCCGACCUGAGCAUCGUCGCUGGCGUCUCUAGCUUUGAGGCGUCUGAUGUGGACUUCAAGAAAUAUCCUAAUGUUAAAAGAUGGUACGAAACCGUGAAGUCCACAGCUCCUGGUUACCAAGAAGCCAAUGAGAAGGGUCUAGAUGCUUUCAAGGCGCUUGUGAACAGUCUCCUCAAGAAG